CAUCUUUGGAAACGUUGCUUUUUUCCUGAUGUUUGCCAUGAAGCCAACAGCUGCUCUGCUGCUCCUCUUCUUCACAGCUUGUGCGCUCGGUGCGCCACAGCUGCCCAGAGACUUAGUGCAGUUUGGGAAGAUGAUCGUUUGCACUCAGCCUAAUGUCAACCCAAUGAUCUACAACAACUACGGCUGCUGGUGCGGCUUCGGAGGAUCAGGAAGCCCCUUAGACACGCUGGACAACUGCUGUUACAUCCACGACAAAUGCUACGAAAGCAGCAGAAAACAACCUGGAUGCAGUGGCAUCUCCCAGCUUCCCUACUUCCUGGUUUACGACUACACAUGCAGAGACCAAGAAGUAUCUUGUUCAGCCACUAAUGACAAAUGCCAAGCUGCUGUGUGCGAGUGUGACCGGGCAGCGGCUCACUGCUUUGCUGAGACCUCGUACAAUGCAGACAACAAGGAUGUGGACCCUGUCCGCUGUGAGAACUGAGUCGCAUGACAAAGACUGCCGCAGUGGUGAUGCACGUGUUUCCACUUUAAUCAUUUUUACACCAAACCGGAUGGAGCCACACCGUUCGGGUCUGUACAUUGCCAUCAGUUUCAAAUAAAAAAUGCCUCUGUGCGUCCGUGACGGCUCGUUUGUGUCCUUGAGUGUGUUUGCUCGCGUCCAGCCGCAGCUGCGUUUGUCUCACUGCUCAGGUUUUAUCUAACGCCAGCUCAGUUAAACAUUACAGACAGCACUGACAAACAGCGUGUUGAGCGGUUUUCUUCCUCAUGCUGCAUUUAUUGGACUAUAACAAGUUCACAGAAAAGGUCAAAGGUCCAACGUUAAAGAAAACGACAUUUUAAACAGAACGCUGCUUCUGCGGUAGGAUUCCAGCAGCCUGUGGAUCGUUUUUAAGAAACAGUCCCUUUAAAAAAAAAUAACCAGAAGACUUUUCUUUUAAUUAACCAUCUGGAUCACUUCAAACAUAGAACAUCAAAUGUCAUAU